AUGGAAAUGGCUGAUCACGGUCCGCUUCAUAAGUGGAAUAGUUGUCCCGAUCUCUUGAAUGUACCAAAAGUACCGAUAGAGAGUUUAAAGAAGCUCCAUGUGUAUGAUUUUGACAAUACUUUGUAUUGCAGUCCGCAUCCUAAUAAACAGCUAUACACUAAGAAGCUGUAUGACCGACUUUACAACUCUUCCAGCUUGCUUAAUGGGGGCUGGUGGUCAGAACCAUGUUUUUUGGAACAAUCAUUUACCAAUAUGAUCAAUUCCAGUGAGGAAGAACGGGCAAAGUAUUGGAACAUAGAUAUGCUUGAAUUGGCCAGGAAAUCGGAACAGGAUCCUCAAGCAAUUUCAAUUGUUCUUACUGGAAGAAAAGAAGUUUACUUUGCAUCGAUGUUCAGUAAGAUGUUUCUGGAACUUGACGAUCUAACAUUCAAUGCCGUAUGUUUGAAAAGGGCAAACUGCGGCAGUAGUACUGCCGAAUACAAGAUUUCGCUGAUUACAGAUUUCUUGGACCAUUAUCCUUCAUUAAACGAGCUGAUCAUUUAUGAUGAUCGCCCGCAGCAGAUUAAAGUCUUCGAGAGAGCCUUUAGCAACUCGCAGGUGGUUCAUGUUCAGCCACAAUUCAAAAUGCUUGAGGUCUCUGAUGAAUGCCGACUGGUAAAGGAAAUUUUUGAAAGAUAUCAUAUGGCUAACUCCUUGGUCUGGACACCACCGACAUGUGGUUUUAUCGUGGACAGAACUACAUACCGCACAUUGAUCAAUUGGACGUUUCGAUUCUUCAAGAAGAAAUAUAAAAUGUCUUUGUUACCACAUUAUCCGAUGUAUAUACCGCUUGCAGCAGACACCAAUGACGAGAUUGCUCGAAUCUGGUCAAACAACAAUCCACAAGUCAUGAAAUCACCUUCCAGUACUAAAGAAAUCUGUGACAGAUUCCACUCACAGCAAAACUUGCAAGGUAAUUGUGCCAUCAAAUUCAACGUCAUUGAAAUCGGUUACCGGACGUCUGAAAAGUAUCGUCGCACCCUAGAAAUAUACUACAAAGUAGAGGCAUCAGACAGUAACAGAUACGUCUCGCCCUCUCCAACAACCUUGAUGGCUAUAUCCACGGAAACAACUUUGCCCAAGGGUCGCACAGAGUUGAACUCUCUCAGAUGGGUCUCCCUAGAUAGGCCUAUCAAGUUGAAGACCGUGCUUGGCCAUUUUGCGCGUCUUACAACUACUGAUUGA